AUGGCGGCGGCGUCCGAGACCGAGCGGCUGCUGAGCCGCGGCCCCGGGUACGGCACGGCCGGGGCGGCCCCGGCGGAGGAGCGGGACGAGCAGCGGGAGGAGGAGCGGGAGGAGCGCGAGGAGCUGGAGCUGCGCCGCCGCCUCAAGUACUUCUUCAUGAGCCCCUGCGACAAGUACCGGGCCCGCGGCAGGAGGCCCGUGAAGCUCGGGCUGCAGCUCGCCAAGAUCAUCCUCGUCACCGUCCAGCUCAUCCUCUUCGGGCUCAGCAACCAGAUGGCGGUGGCCUUCAAGGAGGAGAACACGGUGGCCUUCAAGCACCUCUUCCUCAAGGACUACGUGGACGGCGCCGACGACUCCUACGCCGUCUACACCCAACGCGGCCUCUACGAGCGCGUCUUCUACGCCCUGGACAAGUACCUGGCCCUGCCCGGCGAGGCCCUGGGCCGCUACGCGUACGUUCGGGGCGGCGCCGGGAACGGCUCCGCGCUCCUGCUGUGCCAGCGCUACUUCCGCAAGGGCCGCAUCGACCCCGCCAACGACACCUUCAACAUCGACCCCCACAUCGUCACAGAUUGCCUGGGAGUGGAUCCUGAGGACCCCCAGCCCCCGGCACUGGACGGCUCCUACAGGAACUUCACCCUCAAAUUCCACAAGCUCAUCAACGUCACCAUCCGGUUCCAGCUGAAGGCCAUCAACGUGCAGCCCGUGCUCAGCAACGAGAUCCCCGACUGCUACACCUUCACCGUCACCAUCACGUUUGACAACCGCGCUCACAGCGGGCGGGUGCGGAUCCGCCUGGAGAACCACGCGGACAUCCGGGAGUGCAGGGACCCCGCUGUCUACGGCAGAGGUGACAAUUCGUUCCGGCUGUUCUUUGACGUCGUCGUCAUCCUCGUGUGCUCCCUGUCCUUCGUCCUCUGCGCCCGCUCCAUCAUCCGCGGGCUCCUCCUGCAGCUCGAGUUCAGCCGGUUCCUGCGGCGCCGGCACGGCCGGAGCGUGUCGGUGUCGGACCGCAUGGAAUUCCUGAACGGGUGGUACAUCCUGCUCGUCGUCAGCGACGUCCUCACCGUGCUGGGCACCCUCAUGAAGAUUGGCAUCGAGGCCAAGAACUUCUCCGGGUACGACGUUUGCAGUAUCCUGCUGGGCACGUCCACUCUGCUCGUCUGGGUCGGGGUCAUCCGCUACCUCACCUUCUUCCAGAAGUACAACAUCCUCAUCGUCACGCUCCGGGUGGCCCUUCCCAACGUGAUCCGGUUUUCCUGCUGCGUGGCCGUGAUCUACCUGGGCUACUGCUUCUGUGGCUGGAUCGUGCUGGGCCCCUACCACGUCAAGUUCCGGUCGCUGUCCAUGGUGUCCGAGUGCCUGUUCUCCCUCAUCAACGGCGACGACAUGUUCGUGACGUUUGCGGAGAUGCAGCAGCACAGUCACCUGGUGUGGCUGUUCAGCCAGGUGUACCUGUACUCCUUCAUCAGCCUCUUCAUCUACAUGGUGCUCAGCCUCUUCAUCGCCCUCAUCACCGGCUCCUACGAGACCAUCAAGCACCAGUGUGAGGGUGACCCCCCGGUGUCCCAGCUCCAGGCCUACAUCGCCCAGUGCCAGGACAGCCCCAAGUCGGGGAAGUUCCGCCGGGACAGCUCCUCGUCCUGCUCCGUGUUCUGCUGCUGCGAGAGGGCUCCUCUGCAGGACAACGCGCUGCUGGUCAACUGAGGGACCCCCAGGACGUGGGGGGGACACGGGGGGGACCCCCAGGACCCCCCCACCCCACCCCCCCCCAGCUUUUAACUUAUUUUGGCACCUGCUUUUCCCCCAAUUUUGGGGUUCGGACUCAAAAUGUGACCCCAAAAACUGACGGACCUCGGGGCCUCAACGGGGGCUCGACGGGGGACCUGAGACCCCUUGGAUGGAUUUUGGGGGGCACUUUGGAGCCCUGGGACCCCCCAGAUGAGUUUGAGGGGCAGCCUGAGAGCCCCUGGAUGGAUUUGGGGGCACUUGGAGAUUGAGGACCCCCCCAAAUAAGUUCCGGGGGGCAACCUGGGCCCCCUUGGAUGGAUUUUGGGGGCACUUGGACAUUUGGGACCCCCCAGAUGUGUUUUGGGGGCAGCCUGAGACCCCUUGGAUGGAUUUUGGGGGCACUUGGACAUUUGGGACCCCCCAGAUGUGUUUUGGGGGCAGCCUGAGACCCCUUGGAUGGAAUUUGGGGGCACUUGGACAUUUGGGACCCCCCAGAUGUGUUUUGGGGGCAGCCUGAGACCCCUUGGAUGGAAUUUGGGGGCACUUGGACAUUUGGGACCCCCCAGGUGUGUUUUGGGGGCAGCCUGAGACCCCCUGGAUGGAUUUUGGGGGACACUUGGACAUUUGGGACACCCCAGAUGUGUUUUGGGGGCAGCCUGAGACCCCCUGGAUGGAUUUUGGGGGACACUUGGAGCCCUGGGACCCCCCAGAUGUGUUUUGGGGGCAGCCUGAGACCCCCUGGAUGGAUUUUGGGGGACACUUGGAGACUUGGGACACCCCAGAUGUGUUUUGGGGGCAGCCUGAGACCCCUUGGAUGGAUUUUGGGGGCACUUGGACAUUUGGGACACCCCAGAUAUGAGUUUUGGGGGCAGCCUGAGACCCCUUGGAUGGAUUUUGGGGGCACUUGGAGACUUGGGACCCCCGAAUAUGUUU